GCUAUAUCCGGUCUCCCCAGGACCCCGCAUUCGCUAUAUCCGGUCUCCCCAGGACCCCGCAUUCGCUAUAUCCGGUCUCCCCAGGACCCCGCAUUCGCUAUAUCCGGUCUCCCCAGGACCCCGCAUUCGCUAUAUCCGGUCUCCCCAGGACCCCGCAUUCGCUAUAUCCGGUCUCCCCAGGACCCCGCAUUCGCUAUAUCCGGUCUCCCCAGGACCCCGCAUUCGCUAUAUCCGGACCCCGCAUUCGCUAUAUCCGGUCUCCCCAGGACCCCGCAUUCGCUAUAUCCGGUCUCCCCAGGACCCCGCAUUCGCUAUAUCCGGUCUCCCCAGGACCCCGCAUUCGCUAUAUCCGGUCUCCCCAGGACCCCGCAUUCGCUAUAUCCGGUCUCCCCAGGACCCCGCAUUCGCUAUAUCCGGUCUCCCCAGGACCCCGCAUUCGCUAUAUCCGGACCCCGCAUUCGCUAUAUCCGGUCUCCCCAGGACCCCGCAUUCGCUAUAUCCGGUCUCCCCAGGACCCCGCAUUCGCUAUAUCCGGUCUCCCCAGGACCCCGCAUUCGCUAUAUCCGGUCUCCCCGGACCCCGCAUUCACUAUAUCCGGUCUCCCCGGACCCCGCAUUCACUAUAUCCGGUCUCCCCGGACCCUGCAUUCACUAUAUCUGGUCUCCCCGGACCCCGCAUUCACUAUAUCCGGUCUCC